AUGGAGUUUCACAGCAAACGCUCGCGUCCCGCGGUAGCGCCUGCUUCCGAGCCGCUGCCUCUCAAACGCAGAGCUCUCAAUGUGCUGCCCUCGUCGCCGCCUCUGGCGUCUCGCGGCUUGUCUCACGUGCCUCGGACGUCCAUGCUUCUAGCUAAAAGCGGAACCAACCGGAAGUUCUCGGCAACCUCGAGCGACGACUCGGAUAUCCCGCCUUCGUCCUCUUGCCAUAUGAGUUUUUCCAAAAAACCAGCCGUACAUUUCCAAUCUUCGCCUCGUGUAGACCCCAUUCUUCUGGAAGCGGUAGCUCGGUAUUCUGACACCGACAACGACUUCGAUAACAACCAGAAGCUCGAGAGCCUGCACGUCGAAUCUGAAAAUGCCCGUGAAAACUCCCACCAGAUCACAGGAAGUUCUGACGCACCUUCUGGAAACACCCCGCACGUUAUCGAUACAGGCUAUGCCCUUGAAAAGCGCAAGUCUCUUUCACGACAUGCGUCGUUCUCAUCCAUUGGUCGUAAACAGAUUAUCCCAUACUCGGACUCAGUAGCCCAAGAAAGAUGUUUUGACUAUCUACUGCAGUCCAUAGACGAAGUCUGGGCCCGUUUUUGCAACGAAACUUCAACAGCGGAAGCUAAGGUUUACGAGAGUAUGUGCAAGUCUCAGGUCUGCGCCUCAGAGUCUCCGACCCCUUUUAGAGACGAUUCCAGUGCCGCUCGCUAUUCAAACCCAGGUUCUCCGCGCUACAAACGCACUCUUUCUUUCACGUCUGUUAACAAUAAGAACGGCAUGGCCUACUCCGACGAAGACAGUGACGAAACGGGCGGAUAUAAAUCUGAGGUCACAAACCCUACUGAAUACGAAACAGACUGCGCUUCCCGGAAAAUCUCGAAACUCCCAGAUUCUUUGCGGUUGCAGUCGUUGAAGGAUAGGCUUUGUAGAGCCAAAAACGAUCUAGAAGGUUUACACGGUUCCACUGCCUAUGAAGAGUGUGCUAGGUUUUGGAGAAGAUGGGACAUGAUAAAAUACGGUGCUGUUGAGAUGAUGGAAGAAGAUGACGAAGACGAAGUCAUCGAGUCUGUUAUCGAGGAAUUGGAGAGAGGCCGUUGCUUCACGAACUGA